CUGCUGGCGACUACAAGUCCCGUGAGCCUCCGCGGCCGCACUUCCUACCCUCGCUGUCCAGCCGGCUCCCUCCGCCCCCCUCCCCUGGGGCCGAAGGCUCUGGCUAGAGCCAGACUGCCGGAGACCAGGUAGGAUUUCCGGGAGAAAGUGCUGUGGAGUGCCUAGGAGGCAGCGGCGACCUAGAAACUGCUCCUCAUCUCCCUACUCUGGUUAAUAGUGGCAUGGAAGACCCAUUUGAAGAAGCAGGAGAUCCAGGCAUGGUCCUGGAUGGUGUGGAAGCAGGGGACACAACACCUCCCACCAAGAGAAAAAGCAAGUUCUCAGGUUUUGGCAAGAUCUUCAAGCCGUGGAAAUGGAGGAAGAAAAAAAGUAGUGAUAAAUUUAAAGAGACAUCAGAAGUUUUAGAGCGAAAAAUAUCUAUGCGAAAACCAAGAGAAGAGCUGGUUAAAAGAGGGGUUCUAUUGGAAGACCCUGAGCAGGGUGGUGAGGAGCCAGGCAAGCUGAGCCAGACCACACUAAAGAAUGGCCACACUACCCCCAUAGGGAGUGCCAGGUCUUCUCGUCCAGAAGAAGAGGAGGAGGCAGUGAGAAUAUCAAGUCUUAGGAAUCUUAUUCCAGAAGAGGAUCCAAAGAAGAGACUUGGCUCCACUGGAAGCCAGCCCAGCUCUGAAGCAGAGUCUGCUCCUGGGCAUGUAGCUAAGCAGCCUUUGCUCCCCCCAAGAAGACUCUCGUCCUCUUCUUACGAAGCAAGCGAAGGGCAAGCAAAGGAGGCUGCGCCUGGCAGUGCAGCCAGAGCCGUCCCCUCCACUUCUGGCUCCACCACCACGACACCUGCUGUCACCACUGCUGCCCCAAACCUAGCAAGGACUGCUCAUUCCUCGGUCACCCCUGCCCCAGCUCCCAGGACUCUGCCGCCUGCUGCCGCUACUGCCACCAGCACUGCUGCCACCCCUGCCAAGCAGCCCCCCAUCCCCCCUCCCAAGCCAGCCCACAGAAACAGCAACCCUGUCAUUGCUGAACUAUCCCAGGCAAUAAACAGUGGUACACUGUUACCGAAACCAUCCCCACCCUUACCACCCAAGAGAGGCAUUCCAUCAACCUCAGGACCCACCUCAGAGCCUGCUGCUUCACCCCCAACAAAAACAGCAAGUGAUCAAAGAGAAAAACCUGCCACUGUGUGUUGGGACUCACCGAUGAUAACCCCGCCUUCCUCCCCAUCACCCCCACUGCCUACCCACAUACCUCCAGAGCCCCCACGGUCCCCACCAUUUCCUGCUAAGACUUUUCACGUUGUGCCAGAAGUUGAAUUUUCCCCUCCUUUAGAUCUAUCCCAGGACAUUUCCCAGCAGGAAGAUCAGAAAAAGGAAGUCCCCAAGAAGAUACAGGACCAGAGCUUCGGGGAGCCCUACAUACCCUCCAGGCUGCCCCCACUCCCGCUGCAUAUCCGAAUUCAGCAGGCCCUUACUAGCCCCCUUCCUAUGACCCCUCCCUUGGAAGGUGCUCACAGAGCUCAUUCUCAGCUCUUUGAGAGCAGUGACAGCUUCUCUGAGGACAGUGGGACCCUGGGUCGGACCAGAUCACUUCCCAUCACGAUUGAAAUGCUGAAAGUUCCAGACGAUGAAGAAGAGGAGCAGACCUGCCCACUGGCAUUUGUUGAAGACAUGACAUCUACCUCAGUCACUCCUAAACUACCACAGUGUCUGCAAGAGGAAGAAAAGGAGAGUGACUCAGAUUCAGAGGGUCCCAUUCAGUAUCGAGAUGAAGAGGAUGAAGAUGAGGAAGACGAAAGCCAUCAGAGUGCUCUGGCCAACAAAGUGAAGAGGAAAGACACAUUGGCAAUGAAGCUAAGCAGCAGACCCAGUGAGCCAGAGUUGAACCUGACUUCUUGGCCUCGUAAAAGCAAGGAGGAGUGGAAUGAAAUACGGCACCAGAUUGGGAACACGCUGAUCCGGCGACUGAGCCAAAGACCGACAGCAGAAGAACUGGAACAACGGAAUAUACUACAGCCUAAAAAUGAAGCUGAUCGCCAAGCAGAGAAACGAGAGAUUAAGCGUCGACUCACUAGAAAGCUCAGUCAAAGGCCAACUGUGGCUGAACUACUUGCCAGGAAGAUUCUGAGGUUUAAUGAGUAUGUGGAGGUAACAGAUGCUCAGGAUUAUGACCGGCGAGCAGAUAAACCUUGGACCAAACUGACCCCUGCUGACAAGGCUGCCAUAAGAAAAGAAUUGAAUGAAUUUAAAAGCUCAGAGAUGGAGGUUCAUGAAGACAGCAAACAUUUUACACGCUACCAUCGCCCAUGAUGCUGAAGUAUGAGAAAGGGACUGAAGGACCAUGGAAAAGCAACCAUAGCACUUCCCACACAGCCAGGCUGCUCUGGGAUCUGGUUCAGAGGUGAAGAGCACUUGUAUGAAUGUAGCUUUCCCUGGAACGGAGUCUCCUGUGCUGCCCUUAGAAUGAAACACCUAAUGCUUUUGAACCUGUUAACACUGCAGUGGACUUGAAGGCCUCUCCCCAGCCACCCAUGCUCAGGCACUUGACGCGUCUGAGUUUUACUGGCUGCAGCACACCCUGCCCUGAGACAGCUGCUUGUGCUGAGGCAGGUUGUACCGUUAGCCUUACCCACCCGCGCUGUGUGUGAGACCCACUAUGUAGGUGUUAUUCUAGCCACCAAAUCCUCCUGCCAGGAAACCUGGAGGCACUACCGUUCUAGCAAAGGGCCCCACUUGCAGAAGAAGUGCUUGGACCCCCUGGCGUGGCAGUUGGAAGAAUGUACUAUCCCUCCUAGAUCGAGGCCGACAGGAAGCUCGGCGUCCCGGCUGUCCCUCCUUGACACUUGUCUUCCCAGCUCUUUUCCUUUUGUUUCGAGACAAGAUCUUAAACUGUGGCUCAGGCUGACCCAGAACUCACUGUGUAGCCCAGGCUGGCCUCAAACUCCUGUCUCAGCCUCCCACCUGCUGGGAUGACAAGCAUGAGCCAUCAUGUUUGGCUUUCAUCCUGGUCCUUAUUUUAAAGUUAUCUGAAAGAAAUGAUGGGAAUUUGCUCAUUAAACAGUCGGGGCUGUAAUCAAGCUGUUUAAAUGAGAAUAUCAUGCAUGGUUUCUAUACAAACCAAGAAAAAGGCCUUAAUAUUAAUGUCAUUUUGGCAGAGAACUGACUCAUGAGUUAAACUCCAUAGACUAUAUACGUUCCUUGUACCAAAUACUGUAAAUCAUCACUUCAGCCAGUGGAUGUAGGCGCCCUGUGCGAGCACACAUGUGCCGUUGGUGCCCAUGCUUGUAGCCAGAGCCCCUGUCAGAGCUCUUGGCCCCCCUACUGCGGAGCCCCCUUUACUCCAGGGGCCCUCCUGCCUCUGCUCUCUGGCAGCAUUCACCUCACUGCCUUUUCAAUUCCACGCUGUAGCAGUGUGGCCGGUGCCUAAGUUUCUGGAUCAGGCCCUCCCCGUUGCAUUUGUGAUGUAUGAUUUCCUAAAGCAGAUCUGGUUGUAUACCUCGAAGAAUUUUUCUCUUGAAACCCACACAGCCUCACUGUUCCCUCCUGGUUGUGAUUUACAUUGUAAGUGGGAAAGGAAACGUCCCAUUUUCUCUUGUCUUUUUGUUUUAGUCUGCAGUCAGUAUGUAGCUCAGCUAGCCUUCCCCAUCUGGGAUCAUAGGUCAGCAGGCUUGCCCAGCUCUUCCUUACCUUCGUAUUUAGUAAACUGUGACUGUUUUGAGUUUCUCCUGCUUUAUCCUCUUUCCUCUUGGUGUUCUCUCAGCGAUUUUCUCCUUGUUAGCAUCACACUUAGUGAAGAUUUAGAAUAGAGGGCAAACAAAAAAGCUCAAGUGACCUUAAAUAGUACUUCCUUCUCCACGGAGGAAAAGGUGGUUUUGUUCUUUCUUCCUGCAUGGUAGUUUCUGGCUAUGGAACAAGACCCCAGCUCCCCGGAGCUCGCUAACACUUGGGUUAAGGAGGAAACCCAGUGGCAGUGCUAAGGCUGUUAGAAGUCUAGAAACGGGUUGCCGCAACUGCUAACCUGAUCGGUCUCCUUUCUCCUUUGUGAUUGCAUUUUGUUCAGUGUGCCCAGGAUGGAACCCAAGUUCUCACAAGCUAGGCCGGUGCUCCCUGCCCCUGAUCUGUCCCCGGCCCUGAUUCUAACCACUCUUUCCUUUGGUUUGGAGACUGCUUUGCAUAUACCUACGCUGUCUGUGGCUGAGGUGACAUUUUCUGUUUUGUUCUAUUAGAUAGGGUCUCAUGUAGCGCAGGCUGGCUUCAGACUCACUAGAUAGCCACGGAAGACCUCAACCUCUGAUCCUUCUGCCUCCACCUCCCAAGUACAGGGAGUGCAGACAUGACACCAUGCCUGACAGCAAAACUUUCCAGCCUUCCUUCACUGCUCCUUCCCUCUCAGUGCCAAGCCUGAGCCACCUGCCCGCUCCUGUGUGCCAUCAGGGCUCGGAUUCACUGUUCAUCUCAUUGUCUUCUGAAACCUGGGUGAGGGUGGCAUCUAGUCAGUGGUUUUGUCUUAGUGUAUAUAAAAGUUGACUUUGUGUUUUCUGUCUGUAACUUGGAGUCACGAUUGUAAAUGUAAAGGAGGAGAAGCCUAGCGUAUUGUACGUCAAGAUGUUCCCCUAAUGUACAGAAUCAUGUAAAAAAAAAAUAAUUACAUUGUAUAUCAGUCUUCCUACCAGUCUUAAUUAUUAAAGUAUUUUAGAAUAUUGG